AUGGCGGAGGAAGGGGGCGAGCAGCCCAUGUCGCUGGACCAGGAAGCAGAGAAGAAUGCAGUACCGUCCAGCAGCGACUCUGAAAGCUCCGACAACGAUGAAGCCGGACCACCGCCAGUAGAAUGGCUCGCAACGACCCGAGCGAAGCGAUCAACGGCGGGAAAUCGCAUGAAAUCUAUGCUAGCGGCUGAAGAACCCGAUGACGAGCUCGAACUACUUUUCGCUGAAGAUGCAGACGACGCGGGCUUCACAGACGUCGGAGAGGGUGAUUCGGAUGUGCAAAUGGACUCCUCCUCCGACGAGGAAGAUGCCCAAAAUCAAGGCGACGACGAAGCAGGAGAAAAAGAGUUAGAAAAGCAGGCCCGGGAACGCAAACUGGCCACGCGAAAGCGUAAGGCGCAGGAGGCCAUACCUGUCAAGUUCAGGAAGAAGGUCAGGGCCGAUCCGACGGCUACGAGCUCCUCUACAGCAACGCCAGCACCAAGGCCGAAGAAGAAGUCUGAACGAGCGAGCUGGCUACCAUCGCUUGCGGAUUUACCCACGAGGGCCUCGAAGCGCGAGACCACCAUGUUGAGCAAGGAAGCCCUGCACCAGCAAAUGGUGGAAAGAGAGGCGAAACGACUCAAACUGAUGGAAGCCAUGGAGCGCAAAGCCAAGAGGAUGGAGGCCUUGAAGAAGCCUCCCAUGACACAAGCUGAGCGCAUGGCAGAGGCUGCCAAGGUCGAGAAGCGGAAUGCUAAGAGCUUGAACCGUUGGGAGGAGGCAGAAAAGCAGCGCGAGGAGGAGCGCAAGGCCAAACUUGCAGCACUCAACAACAGACAGCUGAGCGGGCCCGUGGUCACGUUCUGGAGCGGGAUGGGCGAAUGGGUCGAUGGCAAGCUGAAGCAUCUCGGGAAAAGCGUCACUAUCGAAGAGAGGCCUGCUAAGAAGCGCCUAUCUACCGUAGGGGCGGAGAAGUUGGCCGAUGUUCCUGUACAAGAGGAGCCAGCCCAGAAUGAGCAGAGCAAGGUCAGCAAACCGCCCGCCGACACAAUUUCUGCGCCGGUGGCAAGUGACAAAGCAGCCGUCCUUCCUGCUGGUGACCCUCAUACGACAGGUACUGGGACAAGUCCAAAGUCUGCAAAUAUUGAGAAGUCUGUAUCAGUGACGACCCCACAACUUCACACUAUGGAUUCGAAGCAACAAGAUUUGAUAGGCCCCAGCAUGGCAGUGCCAGAGGAACAGAUUGCUCAACCACCACCAACUACAGAGUCAAAAGCGCCUGAUACAAAAGUAUUGGAACCGACAAUACAAGAACCGCCUCCUAGACCAGCACCUCCACAAACAACGCCUUCAGAAACAAGGCCUACACAGACAACACCUUCAAGUUCAAAACCGGCCGAGAUGCGACCACCAGACCUACAACCUCCCAGUUCUGGUCCUUACACCACAAGCAUGUUCGCCCCUCCUCUGCAAGCUCAAGGCCCAGUCAUGAAACCUCCUGAGAUGAGGCCACCGACUAAUAGCUUUUUGGCACCGCCUUCAGGCACGAGCGGCCUUUCGAUGCCCGUGCUUGGAUACUCUCCUCACCCCCCUCCAACCAACCAGCCUUCAAACGGUCUGGCUGCGCCAAAUGCUGGGCAAAGACAAUCGCCUCUCUCUAUGCCACAGACCAAUGCUCGUCCGCCUCCCCCUCCCCCCGCUACUGCAAGGGCUCGUCCUCCAACACCAUCACAACAGUCACCAAUAGCUCCUCCUUCGAUGGUUCCUGUGGCAAAGCCGCAGCAAUCGCUGACACAGCCUGCGCCAAAGCCGCUAGGGAUACUCAAGCCAUCCCAUACCAAUGCUUCAAAGAAAGCCAAGGAACAACCAGGGCUGCCGGAUCUACCACCAUCGCCCCGAUCACCUCCACCACCGAAUAUGAAGGCAACGCGCAAUUCUAUAAUCUUGCAAAAUUUUGACGAGAAUGCCAUAGAACAGAAGAGCGUACAACAGCGCAUUCUGUUCGGCAAGGAGACAGGCAAACUCGCGAAACCCGCACCACCGCCAAAGUGCAUCAUCACAAAUAAGCCAGCACGUUACAAAGAUCCAAAGACAGGUUUGCCAUAUUAUGACUCCAAGGCUUAUAAGGAGAUUCAAAAGCUACAGCGAGGCGACUACAAAUGGAGCCAACUGGUUGGCGCAUGGGUUGGCACUGGAUCUUUCGCUGCGCAAGGAGUGCCGGCUCGAUUUCUUGACCCCGACGCCCCGGCUCCGCCAAAACCAGCUUCGCCUGUGAAGCAGGAACCUUCUGCAACACCGGAGCCGGCCCAGGCAGCAGUUGCGGACCCACCAGCGGCGGCAACGACUCCCAGUACGCAAGGACAGCAAAUGCCACCUACACCUGUGGCGGCAAGCCCUUCUCCGGGGUCAGUAAACGCAGCGGCGACUUUUCCCCGACCUCCUUCGGCCGCUCCAGUGUCGGCUCAAUCGGCACCGACGCUUGCGGUGGCAGGCAACUCGACUCUGGCGACACCAGCAUCACCGCUUCCAACAGCGGCCGCUGCGCCUACGCCACCUGCGAAUCCUGCACCAAUGAUUCAAUAA